GACCUGUAGGCGUGGUUUGGAUGGUUAGGCGUACACACACACUCUAGUCAGCAAACUAUCUCUUUCUCACAUCUUGUCUGCUGUUCUCGACUUCGAAGAAUUACAUCUAAUCUCACAGGAAACAUUAAAACUUAGCUUCACAAGGAAUCUUGUCUCGUCGGCCACUAGCCCAUGGCUCUAUUGUCAUCACUCUUCUUUCUGACGUGGAAUUUGUGCGCCUGGGCUGACGAUGUGGUCACUGCGGAGAAGCAGACACGCUGUUUGAGUUACUGCAUUGACUACAACAAGAACGCAACUAUGUUGGCCGAGAUCUAUAGCUGCAAGUCCACUACUUGCUCAUCAUGUGCAGAUCCGUGUCGUUUUUUGCUGCCGCUGUCAGAGUGUAGAGCCAACUGUAAGAAACGUUCCAGUGAACCUGACUUUGAACUUGAGCCAUGUCUUGGUGGCUGUGACUUUGUAGCAAACAUGGGUGAUCCUACUAAAGGUAUGUAUGCACGCAUAUGUUGUCUAGGAGGUUUACUACUAAAAAGUAGUGUACGUUUAUGCAAGCACACACACACACACACACACACACACACACACACACACACACACACACACACACACACACACACACACACACACACACACACACUUCAUUUGCUCGUAUCCAUUGAGUAUAAUGACAACUUUGUAGUAGUCUUACAUUUCGAACUCUGGUGCAGUCACAUCAUGAUGCCUAGCCCUAUAGCUCUAUUUGCAUGUGCUUGUGCAGAUAAGAAUUUGCUGCCUGCUAAGCCAGGAAAGCCUAGGCUGAGAGGUACACCUGCCAGAGUUGAUUGGAGCAAAGAUGGUUAUGAGGCCUACAACGAAGCAUCUGCAAGAGACAAAGGCAUUGUGUUUUUGUUGUUGGGAUCCAGAGCUAUUCUCAAUUCGGAUGGCUCUGUGGAUCAAAGCCAACUGGACUGGCGUCUUAUCAGGCACUUUCCAGAUGAGGAGUUCAGUGCAGAUGUUGAGGAGAUUGAGAAGUACAUUAAACUGCACUGUAGACAAAGCUACGUGUUCAAAGUGGCAGCAUUCAAUGAGUUGGGUACCCUUGGCUACAAGAUGAGCAAUCCUUACAAGACUGAAGACCUGUCGAGCGAGGAUACCUGCAAGAUGUGGUAUCCAUUUCGUAGUGGACCUCCUGCAUACUGUCCUUCUGUGUACUCUUUUAAUCGGACUCUACUAAAUGUUCAACAAAACAAUUCUCAGAUGAAAGAUCCAUCGUUAUAUGGUUGGAAUAAUGAUGGUUGUUCUGACAUGAAGGCCAGUCGAGUUGUUAUCUGGAUUCGACCAAACAGUAUUGGAUAUAAUGAAGACUUUUGUUAUGAAGUUCACAUGGUUAAACUUGCCGAUCAAGAAUGUGGGAUGGAAAACCGGGUGUACUAUGUUGCUAGCAAUGAGACAGAACUUCUAUUGGAGGACUUGCUGCCAAACUGCAAUGUAUUCCUUUCGGUGUUUGCGGGCACUCUUAAAAGGUCAAGAAUAGAAUCUGGUGAUGUGAACUUGGACUUGAAUCUCAAAAUACCACGUGCAUCUCCUACAUGUGACGCUAGACAUCAACCCAUCAACUUUACUGUACUGCCAUAUGUCUUCAAUGAAACAUCUAAGCUGUAUGAAGUAGUAUUUACGUGGAAAAAGGGACUUGAGGACACUGGUAGUUUUAAACUCACUACUCAGUUGUCUUCACAACUUUCUUCACGUUCAGUCUCCAUUAAAGCUAGUAAAUCUUCAGAUCAUCUUUAUACAUAUCAGAUGAAUGUAAAACCAGAACUGUGUUUUAUUACAAUGGAGAUUCAACCAUUUUACAAUGGAAGGGCUUACUUGUCGGCUACAUUAGAGAAGGACUAUUGUACACCAUCUUUACUACCUAGUGCUCCAACUGAUGUCAAUGUUACUGGAACUGCAACUUCAGCAACUGUUUACUGGAAGAAACCUGCAGUUAUUCAUGACAGCUAUCAAGUUGUGGGAUAUGCCCUGUACUGGACAGAUACUGAAGAUGUUGAUAGCACUGACGUGCAUGUGGUUUCAGCAAGUGUGACCAAGUAUACAGUGAGUGGACUUUUGCCAAAUCAUCUUUAUCGUUAUCGUGUUAGUGCCAUUUCUAGUGAAGGAAACAGUAGUACUGAAUGGAAAUCAUAUCGAACUGAUGGUCUUCUCUUAUCAUCCUCUGAUCACACGUCCCUUGGCCUUAUUGUGGGCCCAGUUUGUGCUCUUGUUGUGGUGAUAAUUCUUAUAGCAGCCGUAAGUAUUUGUAUAAUCAGAUGUACAAAGAAAAAAUACGAGUACCAUCUGAAUCAACUGGAACUGGACACAUUUCAUCCACCAAUAUUGUCAUUGCCAACAGAACAGUUAGAUUCAGAAGAAGAACCAGAUGAAUGGGAAAUUGAACCAAGAAAUUUAAACUUGGUGACAAUUUUGGGUGAAGGCUUUUUUGGAAUGGUUUUGAAGGCUGAAGUUUAUUUCCAUGAACUUCCUGUUGAUGCUGACAUUCUACCACCAUUGGGAACUCUAUGUCAUAAACAUGAAGAGAAAGGAAAGGGUUCAAGUAGCAAAAUGGAAAGCAUCAUUGUAGCAUGCAAGAUGUUAAAAGAGGUCAGCACCAUUGAUGAUCUGAAAGACUUACUUGAGGAGAUCAAAUUGAUGAAAAAGAUUGCUCAUCACAAACAUGUUGUUUCUAUGUUGGGAUGUAUUACACUCGGUCAUCCUGUUUGUCUCAUUGUGGAAUAUUGUGAACAUGGAGAUUUGUUGGAAUAUCUGAGGAGCUGUAGACCAGCUUGGUUACUUGCUACAAAGAAACGAAGGUGCAAGGAACUUGAUGAUCGCUAUUCUGAAGUUCCUCAUCAUUUGCGUGAAAUGGAGGGAUAUGUACUGCCAACGGAAAAAGAAUCUGCAUCCACACCUGUAAAACAAAAUGCAAACACAGAAGAAGCUGUUGAUAUGGAAGAAAACUUUGACAUUCCAACAUUGACUCCAUUUGACCUUUUAUCAUUUGCCCACCAAAUUGCACUGGGAAUGGAAUACUUGGCAGACAAAGGUCUUGUUCACCGUGACUUGGCUUGCAGAAAUAUUUUGGUUGACAAAAACAAUGUUCUGAAAAUCUCUGACUUUGGGCUGACAAGAGCUGUUUACCAUGAAGCUGCUUACACACAAAAACGAAAGGGACGGUUGCCACUGAAAUGGAUGGCUGUUGAGUCAGUGAUUGAUCGCGUCUUCACAACUCAGAGUGAUAUAUGGUCGUAUGGAAUUGUAUUAUGGGAGAUAUGCACUCUCGGUGGUUUCCCUUAUCCAACUAUUUCAAACGAUGAACUGUUAAGAAGACUUCGAAAUGGCUAUCGAAUGGAACGGCCAGAGAACUGCUCAGAGGAAUUAUAUGCUAUCAUGCUUCAGUGCUGGCAUCCUGAUCCUAGUAGUCGUCCAUCGUUUUCAUCUCUUGCUGCAUCUGUUGAUGAGAUGAUGGACUCGAAAGCUAAUUGUUUUGUCAAUCUUAAUUUUGAUGCUCACAGUCAAUACUGGAUGUCAAUCAGUGAGUUGGACAGUGACUCUGACACUGAAUCAGAAGCUCCUUUUCAAGAUUUACACCUCCGGCAAGUGUCUUUCACUGAUGGCAGCUUUAGUGGGUCAUCAAGUAGAAUGGCAAGUGGGUCAUCAAGUAGAGUGGCAAAACAAUUUCCCAGCCUAGCUGGUGUUGAUGAAGAUGAUGGAGAGGUCGCAGUUUUCACACCUGACACUAGGGAUGCUAAUCUCUUUCAUGAUGACGAUUCUCUUGCACAAAAUGGUUGUGCAAAGGCAUUGAAUGGUGAUGUCACAGCAAGAAACGGCAGCGCAGAAAGAUGUCACAUGAAUGGUCAUAUGGUUCAUGUUGCUGGUCACAAACGGAACAGUAUGACAACUUUAUAGAAUGAAAGAAGUAUAUGAUUAGUAGUAGCCUCUUCAUUAUUGGCAGUUGGUAAGGUACAUCAUAUAUUUCAUUCCAAAUAUUAGAUGUUGCAAAUUCCUAGAAUAAGACUUUUCGAUUACUUAAUAUAGCUUAAAAUUUUUAGUGCUCUAUUAUUAUCAAAGGUUGUGUUCUACUUCAUAAGAAUUUUAUUGCUCACUGUUAUUUUGCAAUCAUCUAUGAUUCUAUUAGAGAAUUAUGUGAGUAAGGAGUUCUACAUGAUUUAUGUGUGAUACGUAUAUUGUGUAGUUGUUUUGUUUCUUAUUAAUUAACGGGAGGAGUACUUCUAUUGUA